AUGGUAGCACAAACCGCGCUCGUGCUCUUGUUAUCACUUGUGCUGCCUGCAGCCGCCGCACUGAUCAGACAAAAUUACUACGACAUACUGGACGUGGAGCCAACAGCAAGUGAGGACCAGAUAAAAAAAGCUUUCCGCAAACUUGCACUUAUGCACCACCCUGAUAAAAACACGGGCGCUGCUGCAGAGAAGACGUUCAGGGAGAUUGUCGAAGCAUACUUGCUGCUCUGCGACAAGAAGAAGAGGAGGCUGUAUGACAUUUUGGGCCAUGACGUCUUCCUGAAAAACGAGGCUUCUGUGGACUCGAUGGAAGAUGACAAGGAUAGUUUCUUCGUCAAUUUUCAGGAUCUUGAUGAUUUGGAUGAGAUGCCCUUUCAUUGGAGCUUCACUCAUGAUGGCGACGAUGAGGAGGGACCACACGGCUGUUACAGUUUUGACAGACCUGUUUGGGACGAAAAUGAUUACUUUUAGAUGAGUAUUUUAUUUAAAUGUUAUUUCAAUGUUGUUAUGAAUAUUUUGUAUUCCAUUUUCUGUGAUAAUAAAGUCGGACUGAACUAUUAAGUUAA